AUGAGGAAUGAACUUGCUACAAGUCAGAUGAUAAGAAAGGGCAUAGAUACCAGCAAUGUGACUGAAGUAGCUCUAUAUAUAGUUGAAAGUGUCAUCGAUUCAGCUGUUACAAUGCUGGAAGAAGCCAAAAAUCCAAUCAAAAAUAUCAAGUGGAUCACACAUGGUGAAUUCACAGCAGAAAGAGGCCGUAAUGAAAUCGAGAGGUUCAUUUUGACUUGGGAGUAUCGGGACCGGUGGGCACACCACACGGAGUUUAUACAGAGAGAAGACUGGAUUCACAGCUUCCACUACAUCUACUGUGUUGAAUGGAGCCCUGCAACUGCUCGGAGACCUGUGCCACGAGUCAGUGCCUCUGCUUUCUUUACCAUCAAGAUCACCAAAAACAAACCUCCGGAUUCACCCAUUGAUGUCUCUUAUAUUUUUGAGGGUCAAUCAUUAGUUCAAAGGCCAGGAAUGAUUCGAUUUCGAGAAAACUGGCUGAGGGAAAUUGUCGAGUGCAAACAUAUUUUACUGGAGUCACUUCCUUUCUAAUUGAAUUGUAUCUGAUUCUUAAAC